AUGCAUUUGGAUACCAAGGCACUGCGGCACCUGGCCGCCGAGGACUGGAAGGUCCUCGCAGCAGUUGAACAAGGCACCAAGAACCAUGAGCUGGUCCCGACGUCACUGAUCGAGAAACUAUCACGCCUCCGUGGCGGCGCCAACGGAGUUCACCGUUCCAUCUCCAACCUCGCCAAGGUUGGCCUCAUCGCCAAGGUCAAGGAAGCCAAGUACGAUGGAUACCGCCUCACCUACGGCGGUCUUGAUUACCUCGCGAUGCACCAAUACUCGACGCGCAAGGAAGUCUACAGCGUUGGCAGUAGAGUCGGAGUCGGCAAGGAGAGCGAUAUUGUUAUGGUUGCCGACGACAGAGGCGUGCAGUGCAUUCUCAAGAUCCACAGACUCGGUCGUAUCUCUUUCCGGACAGUCAAAUCGAACCGAGACUACCUCAAGAACAAGCAGUCAGGAUCCUGGAUGUAUCUUUCCAGGCUCGCCGCAAUGAAGGAGUUCGCUUUCAUGAAGGCCCUGAAGGAUGAAGGAUUUCCGGUGCCCGAACCUAUCGCUCAGAACCGACACACCAUUGUCAUGUCCUUCAUCGAUUCGUUCCCUCUCCGCCAAAUAUCCAACGUCCCAGACCCUGCGCUGCUCUACUCUGAGCUGAUCGAUCUGCUUCUCCGCUUGGCUAAGCAUGGACUUAUCCACGGCGACUACAACGAGUUCAAUAUCCUCAUCAAGGAAGAAGUAUCCGUCACAACGGAAGAAGGGGAUGAGGAGUCCAUCAAAUUGAUACCAAUUGUCAUCGACUUCCCUCAAAUGGUGUCGAUGGAUCAUGAGAACGCAGAAAUGUACUUUGACAGGGAUGUCAACUGCAUCAAACGCUUUUUCGAAAAGAGGUUCAAGUUCACCCCCACGACACCAGGACCGUUCUACAAGGACGCAAAGAAGUUGGUUGGCAAGGGCGGUGCCACAAGAAUAGAUGCAACCUUGACGGCAUCUGGCUUCACGAAGAAGAUGGCCAAGGAUUUGGAGAAGGCCAUUCAGGAACAGGCCUCUUCCAAGAAUGAUGAGGGUGAAUUCGUGGGCGAAGACGACGACGAAGAGUACGGUUCCGAGGAAGACGACGAAGAGGAGGAAGAGUCGGGCGAUGAGGCGCCAGACGCGGAGAAUGCAAGCGUACCAACCGCAAAUGGAGAUGGAAAAGAAGCGCAGACAGGUGGAAGAGCAGAGGAUGAAGUUGAUACCCAAAAAUUCUCAAAGUUGACCGUGGCAGAAGAGGCCUGA